AAAUACGGCUGUUGGUCUUGUUCAGCAAGCAAAGAAAGUGUACCCAGCCUCUUGUGGGGGUUUUUUUUGUUCUACUGCGGGGCCAGGGACGACCGUCGUUAUAAAGUUGACGUAUUCUGACAAAAAGUAUCAAAGGGUAUAAUACUGGUUCACAAUGUUGACGUUUUUGACUCGACCGCGCAACGGGCCAGCCAGCCAUUCAGUUUCCGCUUCCUCAACCUCCAUAUCCUCAAUGCCUUUCCACCCUCGUACGUCGUCCCUCCCAUCAAGCUCACAUUCCCUCGUCCCUUUAUGGGAUCCCGUCUCCAAAGAACAGCGUCUUGUCCUCCGCGACCGAAUAUGUGCAGUGACGGAACGUGACGGGAACGUGGUUUUGGCCGUGGAUGAUAUGGAUGGCGGUCUCUUGGUCGUUGUUGGCACGAAUGCGAUAACAGAAGAUCAACUUGGUGAUGAAGGGUUUGAAGACCCUCAUGGGAUACAGAACGAAGGAAAAGAGUUUUAUGCUGAACGGGAUUGGAGUUUGAACCCUGGACAGCGGGCCUUGACAUUGCCGCCUGGUAUGGACUUGGAUGAGUUUGUGCAAAAUUGGUGUGAGGGAUUUUUGGUGUUGGAGGAAACGGAUAGCGAGGAAAACAGUGGUUGGAGUAUAGCGACUUCUCAAACAGCUCCAUACCCCCAUCCCCCCCGAGUUGCCGUCAAUCCGAGUCGAAUUCUCGAUGUGCAUCCGGACAUUCAAACACCUCUUCCUGGUUAUGUUGUCCUGGACUUUGGACAGCAAGCUCCAUGGUUACGCACCAGAUGUGGAACUCGACGGGCGCGAACAGAGGAGAAGGAUGCCAGAGUCAAAUUGCGUGUGAAAGGUGUUUCUUUGGCGGAUUUUAUGGUGAAGGUUGACCCUCUUGGAUGGGAAGAAGUUUCCCUCUCCUGAUGCGGAUACUUUUGGUUCUUUUAUGUACAUGAUUUGCGAGCUUGUAAAUAUAAUUGUAAUAUAAUCCGAAAACGACACACUAGUCGUUUAAGCCAUU